UGACGUCAGAGACUCUACUAUUUUCUUCCCUGGUUCACUUAUUUUCUUUCAGUUAGGCAAAAGCAAGGAAGCAACACGCACGAGAGGAACGGACGUAUUAGGACCCAAAGAAGCUACCAUGGAGGAAAUAGUCAACGGAGGGAGGCAACACGACGAGCCAAGGGGGACCAACGGCCAAGUGGGCGACCCCGGCAGCAGUGAGACAGAUGCCGGGGGUCUUGGGCGGACGGGUGUGGACGGCAUGCCUCUAGGCUUCGCGAGAAUGUCAGCAGAGCGUGACGCCGUGCGCUACAACAUGAGCCACAAGCAGCGUGGCCACUGCGCCAUCUUCACCACCGCCACUUCGACGAGCCCCACAGGCCUUGGGGGAAAACAGAGAGCAGAGAGGAAUGGCACAGACCGCGACCGUGACCAGGCACAGGCGCUCUUCACUAACCUUGGGUUCCAAGUGACUGUCCACAACAACCUCAGGGUGUAUGAGAUCAAGGAGAAACUCCAGGAUCUCGCUUUCGGCGUAGACCACUCGGAAUGCGAUGCGCUGGCCGUGGUGUUCAUGUCGCACGGGGGUCAGGGUGAUCUCUGGGGCCAUGAUGACACGUUUCAUCCCGAUUGCCUGUUUGAGAAUUUCAAAGCUGACCAGUGCCCUACCCUCGCAGGAAAGCCGAAGCUCUUCUUCAUCCAGUCAGCUACUGAUCAGCGAACGGAGGAAUCGCACGACCCUCUACAAAUCAUUCAGCUUGAUCUCCAAGAGUUUGGAGAGAAAAUCGUCAACGCUGGAAGAGCAAAUCAUUGA